AUGUAUACAUAUCUUCUUGCAGUCAUAUUUUUACCUGGCAUGGUUUUCUCAUUGAAUAAAUUCAUUUGUGAGCAUUCCACGGAUUCCAUCUCGUGUAAGAAUGGUUUUGCUUUAAAAAUUCGAAGUGUGAACUUUGGUCGGACAUCAAAGAUCGUGUGCAGCAAUGAUCCGACAACGAACUGCUACUCUUCCGGGCGUACAACGGGCUACCUUGCAAACAAAUGUAAUGGAUUAAAUGCCUGUCAGCUGACAGCAGACAGCACUGUGAUUGGUGAAGAUCCGUGUCCAGGGGUCGCAAAAUACCUUGACCUUCAGUAUGACUGUGACCCCAUCCCCACCACCACUACAACCACCACAACCACGACUACCACGGUCGCCCCGGUAACACAACAAACACUGACACAACAAGGAGCACCUCAGGUGUGUCACGAAUAUUUGAUAUCUGGAGUUCGAGGAGUUCCCGACAACAAACUGACCGCUUCAUCAACAUGGUCAAAUAAAACAAAUGACGACCAUAAGCCCCAUCGGUCACGUCUCUUUACUACUGCUGUUGAUUACUCAAACGGAACUUAUCUGAGAGGAGCCUGGAGUGCGGGUGUGAACGAUAAAAACCAGUACAUACAGGCGGAGCUGACGAAAGUGUCGACUAUUCGAGGAAUGGUGACACAGGGACGAAACGUUAACCCUAAGGAUAACUGCUGUAGUCAGAAGGUGACAAGCUACAAAGUCGGCUACAGUAUUGAUGGGACCACAUGGCAGAUGGUGAAAAACGGACCUAAUGAUAUGAUUUUCCCAGGAAACACAGAUCAGGACACUCCCGUCACCAACAUGCUACCCUGCCCAAUAAUUGCCAAGUACAUCCGUUUGUAUCCGGUCACGUGGGACUCUCACGUGUCACUGAGAUGGGACACAAUUGGUUGCCCAACUGACGCUAAUCCAUAUGGUCAGUGUCCGUCAGGAUGGUUGGAGCGACCUAAUAGUAACGAGUGUUACCUCAUUUCCACGAACCAGUCCAAAGGUUUUGACGAUGCGAGACAAGCCUGCAGGCUACAACAGGGGGACCUCGUGCAGAUCGACACCGUCCAGGAGAGGAACUGGAUCAUUCAACAGUUGAAUAUCGUUAAAAACACACAAUUCCAAACCAACCCACUGUUUCAAGUUUGGGUAGGUCUUAGUAACAGACCAAGACGAGAUACGCAAGACUAUAAAUGGAUAGACGGAACCCCCCACGACACUAACAUUGUUCCUUGGCUACCAAAGAUGCCGGAUAACUAUAUGACGAUAGAACACUGUGGUGAGCUGGUGAAUUCUGGUCUGAACGACAUCAACUGUAACAACCCUAUCAACUACGUAUGUGAGAAAAAGAAAUUUUGGAAUGCACCCGUCAAUAACUUCACCCCAGCUAUCGUAAUACCGACCACGCCCUCCACGCAGGCUCCAAUAACAAUACAAGCAAACAUUCCAGUUCCCAUUGGAGGCAAUGUACAAACGGUUGGCCAGAGUACUUUUACAAGAGGAUGUCACAGAUCGUCAGACUGUCGUAAUCUUCAGCUGGGAGAUUACCAGUCCUGCACCGGAUGUCACUAUUAUCUGACAUGCGCACCAAGCGGCGAUUUUGUCAGGCCCUGUCCAGCGAAUCUGAUCUUCGAUUUCAACAGUAAAGCAUGUGUAGCUCGUUCGGGCACGUGCAGAGGACCUUGA